AGCUACGAACCAGGUAUGUCAAACGUCAUGAGAACUAGGUCGAAAAAAAUAGUCAAUGCCUAACCAAUGGACUAUUUUAAUAUCAUUCUAAGGUGCCUCCGAUGAAAUUAUUAUCAGAUUAUCACAAUUAAGAGUAAAUCUAACGAUGAUCAUUGUUUCCAAGGGAUAAACAGUACAUAACCUCGGAGGAAACUUAAUCAAAGAGUACUAGAUAACUUAUGGCAUAGUUAUCAAAAUGGCAGAUAAAUUUACUUUCGAUUAUGAUGAGAGAGAAUUAAACUUGGGGGCUAGUUUUACUAAUAAUAAGUCUUCACAGUACCAUACAAUAAAGUAUGACUUCAAGCCAGCAUCAGUUGAUGUCAACAAAAUGGCAACCGUGGAUGUGGGUACUAACAACCAGGUCACUGUAACAGUGCCUCAUUUAGAUGGUGCUGGCGUUCCGCAGACGGUAUUUAAAGGAAGCCAGCGGCCUUACACGAAGGAAUGUGUGCUAAUCAUUGACAGGGUCACGGGUGAAAUCACCUUAGAGAAAUUAUCUAGUAAUAUUCAGGUUAAAAAGACUAGGCAGGAGACAGCGCAGAAGCCGCGGCCUCUGACGCCGGUGACCACGGACUUCACCAACACGACUCAGCGUAGCACGUCGCGCACCAGGGUCGCCACUAACAGGCGCUCCAACACUAAUGCCGGCCCUGGAGCGGCGGCCGGCAGCCAGGCUCGCUUCAACGGUAACGCGGGGGCUCACAAGCCUAAUAUGGUGCGCUCCCCGCCGCGAGUCAAGACCUCCCCGCCGCAGGCCGCGCCUUGGUCAGGAGGCGGCAACAGCACGCUAGCGUCUCUCUUCAUGAUCGGAUUAGACGACGCGCCCGCACCCGCGCCCGCGCCCGCGCCCGCUCACAACGCUCACAACGCUCACAACGCUCAUAACGCGCAUAACUCUCAUAACGUGCACAACGGGUACGGGCGAGAGCGGCCCGCGCCGGCAGAGAGGUACCAGGAGAGGAGCGCGGUGCCUGACAGGCCGCCGCCUGUCUCGCACGCGCCGCCGCCUGUGAGCCAUGCGCCGCCGCCGCAGCCGAAGCCGCAGCAAGACGACAGCUCGUCCAGCUCGUCGAGCAACAGCGACAGCGACUCCGGCAGCGACAGUGACAGCGACAACGACUCAAGCGCGCACCAGAACGUUCCCAACGGUAACACGAGCAACCCGGCGCUGCCUAGCGACGUGCUGAACGAUGAUCUCUGCCUGUCCGAGUCGGGCAGUGACUCCGACUGACCUCACGAUAAACCUCUUUAUUUAUUUGGGUUUGGGUAUCUCUUCUCCUGACUUCUCUGCGGCCUCCCCCACUCUAGCGCUGUCCGAGCACGCGCUAGUGUUGUGCAUGUGUCGAUAGUUCGCAUCGACAGUUGAGCGAAUCGAAAAUGGUAACAUCGAUAGCGUUAGCCACUUCAGCUUUCUCCGAGCAAGCGCUGGUGUUGUGUAUGAGUCGAUAGUUUGAGUAUCGAUAGUGGAUCGAAUCGAAAAUGGUAACAUCGAUAGCGUUAGCCACUUCAGCUUUCUCUGAGCAAACGCUGGUGUUGUGUAUGUGUCGAUAGUUGACCUUAAGGAAAUGGCAACAUCGAUAGCGUUAGCCACUCCAGCUUUAUCCGAGUGAGCUUUGGUGUUGUGUAUGUGUCGAUAAUUUAAGGAUCGAGAAUUAAUUAGUAACAUCGAUAGUGUUAAUACCAGUAUUCAAUUGAUCAACCGUCACUACUAGUGGAAACGCUAUCGCUUAUCGUAAUUUGUCGAUCUCUUGGUGUUGUAAUUUGCGUACCGGAAUAUAGAGCAAUCUACGGUUCGGUGUUUGAAUUCUGAAAGGAGAAAAUUAUAGUGUCAUGAUUGUAAAUAUUACGUCUGCACUUAUAAUAAGUGGUGUGGAAGCUUGCAAGAAUCAUUAGUAUCGCUAGCUAUAGAUGUUUUACUGUUUUUCGAUGUCACAAGCGUAUAUUAUGUACAACACUAGCGUGAGUGCUCGUCACGUUCGUGCGUUCACGCUGGGAAACCGCUAGUGUGUUGGAGGCCUUAGACGCAAGCAAACAGCUCUAUGAAACUUGGCAAGUGUCUGAAGUCAGCACUCAUCGAAUCGUUAUUCGUAAAUCGUUCACUCAAUACGAUUGUAUACAAAAUUAAGACUUAAACAAGGAUAGAAAAAGCACAGUUUUGCAUCAACAAGUAUCGAUAUCUUACUGUAUCAUAUCGAUAUGACUCGA